AGUCGUCAUGGCAUGUUAGCUGGAGAUGGGAUAAAGUAGCAAGUUUAGCUUGUGUACGUCAAUAAGUUUAACGUAUACAAAUACUUUACAAUCUUACCGGUUUGGCUACUUUGACGUAAAUAAGUAAUAUACUACCCCCUUUAGCAUUUCCAGUGUAAAUACAUUACAAGAGUCGAGGAAUCGUGCAGCACGUUUGUGGCCUGGAAAGACGCAUGCUAGCGUAGCUAAGCUAACCAACGUUAACGCGGCUAUUGGGCUAAGUUCACUGAAGUGGCUAGUUUCAGUAGUUAAUGUCGACUAUCAUUUUAAUCAUAUAGACUCUACUUCGCCCCAGAUAGUGUUAAUUCUGGCCACCGUAGAGGGAAAGUUCGGUUGGAUCUAAAAUGAUCAUUGAAAACCUUGAUGCCUUGAAAACAUGGCUGUCUGAAACCCUCGAGCCCAUCUGUGAUGCAGACCCGUCAGCCCUCGCCAAGUAUGUUGUUGCUUUGGUGAAGAAAGACAAAAGUGAAAAGGAACUUAAAGCCCUUUGUAUAGACCAGUUGGAUGUAUUUCUCCAGAAAGAGACCCAGCAGUUUGUUGAUAAGCUGUUUGAAGCCAUUGACAACAAAAACUACCUCCCACAGCCAGAGCAACCAUCCUCUCUGAUAAAAGUUGAAAAAGAUGAGCAGAAGAAAGAUGAGACAAACCGGGAAGAUGAACGGGAGAAGAAGGUUCCUCGUCGGGUGAAUCACAGCCCACCACAAUCAAGCUCUCGUUACAGCAGAGAUAUCAGUUCAAGGAGAGGAGAUGACCGCAAGAGAGACGACCGUUCCAGAAAGAGGGAAUAUGACCGCAUCCCACCAAGGAGGGACUCGUACAGAGGUCGCUACAAUCGCAGAAGAGGCCGCAGUCGCAGUUACAGUCGUAGCCGCAGCCGGAGCUGGAGCAAGGAUCGAACCAGAGACCGCGACAGAGACAGGGACAGAGAACGGGAAAGAGAUCGAAGCAGGAGCCGGUCCCUCAGCAGAACUCGGUCUAAAAGUAGGAGUAGAGAGCGGGAUUCGGGAAAGUUGAAGUUGGAUCUUGCCCCGGUCAGGCCAGAGGGGGGGGAUGGCUACACCCCAGCAGCCCUGGUUCCUACUGUGACCACCUCACACUUCCCCGUGCCAACACUGAGUAGCACCAUUACAGUCAUUGCCCCCACACAUCACCAUAGCAACAACACCACUGAGAGCUGGUCGGACUUCCGUCCGGGACAUCCUGUGGAUCAUGGCCUUUUCAACAGGGGCCCACCCCCCCAACAGAGGAAACGUUGUCGUGACUAUGAUGAAAAGGGCUUCUGCAUGAGAGGGGACAUGUGUCCGUUCGACCAUGGAAGUGACCCAGUGGUAGUGGAGGAUGUCAAUUUGCCCAAUAUGCUGCCCUUCCAACCGCCACCAAUCCCAGGUGUGGACCCACCACCGCCCCCAGGCCUCCCACCACCACCGCCUCUCAUGAACCCCCCACCUGUGAACCUGCGGCCCCCCGUGCCCCCACCAGGUGCUCUCCCUCCUAGCCUUCCACCUGUUGCAGGUCCACCUCCUCCGCUCCCUCCUCUGCAACCGUCGGGCAUGGAUGCUCCUCCAAACUCAAUGACCAGCUCUGUGCCCACCAUUGUCACCUCUGGGAUGCGCUCCUCACUUCCCCAGGCCGCCGUGCAACGCUUCCCGCCUGACAACUAUGAGACAGAUGUGUACAAUCCUGAGGCUCCCAGCAUCACCAAUACCUCCAGGCCGAUGUAUCGCCAUCGGGUCAACGCCCAAAGACCCAACCUGAUUGGCCUCACAAUGGGGGAGGUGGACCAUCCACCCAGAGACAAGAUCCCGAACAGCAUGAGGAUCGUUAUGGAGUCUAAUUCGAGGAAGAGACCGCCUCUCCCCCACGAUGGAGGCCCCCCCCCUAAGAACCCUUGGUUUGACAAACCCAACUUUAACAAACCCAACCACCAGGGCUAUCAAAACAGAGUCCCAUUCUCUCCCAACGCCAAGCUGCUGGUUCGACAAAUUCCUUCCGAGCUCAACAACAUCAGCAAACUCAAUGAACAUUUCAGCAAGUUCGGCACCAUUGUCAACCUGCAGGUGGCCUUCCAGAAUGACCCAGAGGGCGCUCUGAUCCAGUUUGCUUCUCCAGACGAGGCUAAGCGCGCUAUGCAAAGCACAGAGGCGGUUCUCAACAACCGCUUCAUCCGGGUGCACUGGUAUCGUGAGGAAGGGAGUGAUGGCCAGUCUCACUCCCAGCAGCAGCCUCAGACCCAUCCAGCCAUGCAGCCCUCCGCCACGUCUCUUAAACAGUCCGUCAAAGAUCGCCUCGGCCCCAUGCUCAACUCUGAGCCCUCACAAGACACCAGCGUAGCCUCUCAGCAGAAUAGCUCUAAGGUGUCAGUGAAGGAGCGUCUGGGUUUCUCAGCCAAACCAGCAGCUCCUGUGGAGAAAGUGUUUUCCACAUCUUUGGGGCUCACAAAGACGGUUUACAAUCCUGCUGCCCUGAAGGCUGCUCAGAAAAACUCAGAGGAAGCCCUGAAGAAGAAACAGGAAGCUCUAAGACUACAGCAGGAUGUAAGAAAGAAGAAGCAGGAAAUACUGGAGAAACACAUUGAGACACAGAAGCUCCUGAUAUCCAAAGUGGAGAAGAACAAAGCAAUAAAAGCGGAGGAUAGAGCCAAGAUCAUGGAAACUUUGGGCAUGAUAACCAAGAGCAUCACCAAACUACAAGAGGAGAUUAAGGGAAUCUCAAACAGCAACAACCCGCUGCGCAUAGCCAAGAGCAAAGCCCAGGCACAGAAAGAGCUCCUUGACACAGAGCUGGACUUGUACAACAAGACCCAGACGGGACAGGACACCGCUUUGCUGAAGAUCAAGUACACCCAGCUGCAAAUUGAGGCUGCUAAACGGGGAAUCCUGUCACCAGGACGAGGCCGGGGGGUCCUCACUCGGGGCCGCGGUGCUCUCAGGGCCCGGGGAAGGGGCUCCAGAGGACGGGGAAGAGGUGUGUCAAUGCACGCAGUUGUGGACCAUCGACCACGGGCGCUGGAGAUUUCUGGUUUCACUGAUGCAGACCAUGUAGACCUGCUGCCCCACUUUGCUCAAUUUGGAGAUAUCGAAGAUUGCCAGAUAGAUGAAAACAACCUGUCUGCAGUCAUCUCGUACAGGACAAGAGCAGAGGCAGAACAGGCGGCUGUUCAUGGAGUGAGGUUCAACAACCAGACCUUACGCCUGGCCUGGCACAAGGCUGUUAAUACUCUCGGUUCUGCGGAUGCUGAAGAUGCUGAACCAGAGGAUGAUGAGUACCCGGAAGAGUCUCUGAGUGAUGAUGCACUGCUGCAGGAUGACGAUGAGGAAGAAGAUGACAAUGAGCCUCGCUCGUGGCGCAGAUGAAGAUCAGACCGACGCUCCUGGUGUGAAGGAUGAGCAGCAAUCCAGCAACUUUAUAAAUGCCUGUUCAUAAACCAACAAGGCUCAUUUUUACUUUGGCUAGACUUUGUUUUCCUCCUCACAAAAUGGCAGCAGAAUCAUGUGCAAGUUUGAUUAAUUUUAACGUGUAUAUCAGAUGCAACAAUGAUGUUUUUUUUAAUGCUCUUAACAUAGAAUUUUGUGUUGUUUUCAGCUAACCAAACAAAUACUUUUGUCUGGACAUGCGAUAGCUUAUCACCUUGAGACACCUCUGUUAAACUCAGUGUAGCCAAACACCUUGUUGUGAUUUAACUGAUUGACUGUAGCUUUUGCAGAAUAGUAUUAGGUAGACUGGUUUGAACUCUCAUGUGUAAAUAUUUUAUGUCCUGGUUUAAACGAUUUGUAUGAAAGCUUGGCUUCUCAGUUUUUGGCUUUUCUUUGAAUUGUACAAAAAAUAAAGAAUUGAAAUGGUCUAAAAAACAUCCUGCCAAAAAAAAAAAAAAAAAACACAAAAGAAACAAAACAUGAAAAUGUUCUGGCAGUGUAAAAAGUGAAAAAAGCUGGAAAAGACCAUUUCAAAAAACAAAAAAACUUCCUAUUCACCUAAAGAGCAAACUUCCUAAACAAUUCCUACUUCUACAACUUUUCUUCUUUCUCCUGUGGGAUCGGUAAGGUAACCUUAUGUAUCCAACUGAAUUUCCUAACAAGGUAAAAACAUUGUAAGAGUUUAUUUUUGCAAAAUGUUUAAAUCUCAGUAUUGCUUUGCAUAAAAUAACACAUUUGCAUGAACUUGAAUAUGUAAAUACAACAAUAACUAAGAGUGUUUUUGUUCUUUUUGUUGCAGGAGCUGUCUACAGUAUCCUAAUACAACACUUGUCUUCAAGAGGCCCAAACAUUUUACAAUUUUGUAUUACUGUAAAAAAAUUGUCUUAAGUGCUGCUGUAUUAAAUACUUGUUUUCUAAUGAA